AUGUGGUCGGGCUGCGGUCUUACGACAGAUCGCGUCUGUGCGUUUGCAGCAGCCGCAUGCCUUUGUCGGCGGCCUUCUCUUCAGCCCAUGAGCCAGAGCCAUCUCAUAGCACAGCUGCACAGCAUGCACGAUCCAACAAACAACGGGGCUACUCUGCGGCCAUUCCAGACCUUCCAGCAUUGCAGAUGCCAGAAUCCACCCUCAUGGCCUGAUAUCACGCAGAAUAUCAUGCAGAACCGCCACAUCGAGGCUCCAAGCCCUCCAAGCUUUGCCGUCGUCGCUGGGCCCCGCGCCUUUGCAACUGGUCACGUGUUCGUCGGAGCACGCCGACGGCCAUCUCAACCAAUCUGA